AUGGAUUAUCCAACUCGCCAUCAAACACUUACCACACAAUCAAAUUGUAAUGUAGUUCCUACACCACAAAGAGAUUAUAAAAAUUCACCGAGAGUUGUACCUCAAAGACGAAAUAGAGCAAAUUCUCAAAUGAUUUUAAUAGAAAAAAUGGUCACUCAACUACUUGUUACUACCAAAGCUUUAUUAGAAAGUUUAAAUGGUUGGGCGGUAAAAUAUGUUAAAGAAAAACAAGUUUCUGACAUAUAUGUAAAGCUUGUAAGUGAAUUUAACUCCGUUGUACAAUUAUUUUCUCAAACUGGAGUUGAUAUAAGGUGA